AUUUGUUCUCGUAAAUAUUCUAUACAGUGCUGUAUAACGUGAGUCUAAAAUUGACGAAAGUCUUGUUUAGCUUAUCAAUUUACAAUGGCAGACAAGGCGAAACAACAAAAAGCCACCAGUAGCAAUGCAUCGCCUUCAGCCAAUGAAGACAGUGCGCCACUUUUUCCACCAACUAAGCCUGGUAAACCAGUCAAUUAUGGCACGAACAACACACUGGAGCUCUUGGAGCGCAUACCCAGCCAAGUGGUCGAUCUCAAGCUGGACGAAGUACUCACUGCCGUUAAAACAGUAGAUAAUUUGUGCGAUUAUCCACGCUGCAAGACCAGAACCAGCCUAAUGGGCCAGGACUGCGAACACUGCAGCAAACGUUUCUGUUUCAAGCACGGUCUCCCCGAGGUUCACGGCUGUGGCGAGAUAAAAAAGCGAGAAGCCCGAAAAGAAUUUCUGCAUCCCAAGCCAUUGAAGACCAUACGCCAAGAAGAGGAGCACAAAAAUGCCAAAAAGAAGCUAAAUGAAAAGCUAAAGAACAUGCAAGUGGCGCGCAUGCAAAAGACCGGCAGUACUAAUGAUAAAAAGAAAAAAUAGACUUGCACCUCUAUCCUUAGGAUUCAUAUAAAUAAACAUGAUGUAAUUUUAAAAAA